UUCUAGAUAUGUGUUACAUGCAGCUGAGAUUUGUUGAGAAAGCCACUGAGGGUUUCAUAAAAAAGAAGCAAGAGAAGGAUGCAAAAAAGGAGCCCAAAAAACGGAAAAUCCGCAACAAAUCAGAAUCCUGUCCUUAUUCGAAAAAUCGACCUUGUCAUGAACCACCAUGGGAAGACCAUGAAGAAAUGAAAUUUUAUAAAACUUCUCUGAAGUAUGAAGAUAUUUUGGAAGGCAUGUUCCCCUCAGAGGAAAGGGAAAGGAAAUUAGCCAAGUUUGAUCAUGAUGUAAGUAAACUUUGGUACAAGAUUUCCACAAAAGGAGCAGACAUUCUGUACGAUGAAGAUGGAAAUCUGAAGAAUUUCUGAUUAGUCAUGAAAUUUUUUCUGAGAGCAAAAGAAAAUCAGAUCUGUUGCUUUUAACAUGCAAGUUUUGAGUAUGAAGUUAAGAUUUCAUUUGUGAAUGUUUUAAAGUUGGGUCAAUGAUAAUGUUUCUGGGUUGCUCAAGAUAUUUUAUUUGGCUCAAUUGAAGCCAUAAUUGGGAAAUUUUUGAAAUUCUGUAAAGCAUUAUUUUAUAACUGCUGGAAAAGUACUUAAUGGAACUCUAUGGAAAAAAUAUGUAUUACUGUUCAGUUUUUAUUUUUUUAAACAGUCUUAUUUUGAAAUUAUAUGUCAAUAAAUUUAGGUGAAAAGAGAGGCAAUCAGGCAUUUUAAGAUGUGGCACUAAUUUGUACAUUUGACCUCAGCUGCUUAUAUAAUGCAUAGUUCAUGCAAUUAACAUGAAAUCUUUUUAAUUUUGCAAAAAAUUGUUUUAGCACCAUUUCAUUAGAAUACUAUAUGCAGCUCCUCUGUUAAAAUUUUACAUUAUUCUCUGUAGAAAGUACACAAUACUAUUCAAUUUUUAUUUUUUAAAAUUUAGUCUUGUUUCAGAGUUCUGAUGCUGCUGUCUUAGCGAAUUAAGGUGAAAAAAAGCUGUCAAAUUUAGCUCAUUUGAUAUACUCUUGUACUGUAAAGAGUCUUAAAUAAAUAUAAUUAAAAAUUUAGUAUAAAAAUAUAUGCUAAAUAAGUAUCACUGAGCUAUAUCAAAUAUGUUGAGAUCUGACACUUAAAAUUUAAAGUGCAAUUCGAUGCAGUAAGGAAAUUUAGUAACAAACUUUAAACAAGAAAUGUUCUAUGCAUUUCAAGAGAAUAUGACGUAUGACCCUCCUUGUAAAAUAUUUUGCAGCAUCAUGAUAAAUUCCAUCUUUUUAUUAUGAAAUGAAAAUAAAUAGAUUCCGAUAAUUGCAGCCUCAUCUGUUAGCCUUCUGAGAUUCACAGCAAUUUCCUCCCCUCCCCAUCCAUUAAUGCACAAAGAGUUGGGAAGAAUUCAAAUGACAUCCUUUCUGAUUUCUAAAAAAUAAAGAUAAGGAACCACAAAUAAAUCCUUUUAGGACAAGCUGUCUUCAAUAAACUGAUACAGAACAUUUUGGAAAUCUAUACCUGCUACUGCAUACCUUAGGGGCAGAGAAGAAAACAAUAUUGCAAUUUUGGCUGCUUUGUGCAGUUGGGAUUGUUUGAAUGAAAGGCCGUCUUAGGCGUUUUGGUCUUGAAAGAGUUAAUAAAUCAACAGUCAUUAUAUAGCGAGUGAAAAUUUAAAAGGGUAAUUUCAAAGGAAUUAAAAUCUAGCAUUUUACUAGAUAGUUUUCAAUUUAAUUGGACUAAGAUGCUAGGUUCAGUAAGCUUCUACAAAUGUAAGAAAAUGCGAAUUAAGAAAACUUAACCGAGUGCAAUAAAUAAUUGUCAUUAUAAAUGUCUUAGCUACUAAGAAAAAGUUGCUAUUGUAUGUUUGAAUAUAAGCAAAAUGAGCUAGAAAUUAAUAAAAGCAAAAUUGUUUUAAAGUUUUAAUUUUUGAUAGGCUAGGAUUUAAAUUAAAAUCAGUGCCUAAAGUUGAGGCUUUAAGAAAAUUUAAUUUACUGGAGAAGCAUUUUUUAUACAAUUUUAGAUGAAGAAAAAUUAUUAAUACAAUGAUUUAAAAAAAGUAUUGUACUAUGAAGUGAAAUUUUAAGGAUAACCGAGGAAGCAAAUUUAAUGGUUUUACUUAAAACCUAAGUAAUUAAUUUAAGUAAGACAUUAAACAUAAAAUGCUGUUAAUGAAUUGAUUCCUCAUGUGUCAUAAUAUGCAAAUUAGGACUGUAUCAGCAAAAUGCAUAGGAUUGGAUUAUAUUGUUAUAUGAAUUUAUAUUGAGCACUCUGGAAAACAUUACUUUUGCAUUUCUUCUGUUAAGAUGUUAUGUAUUGUAAAACAUUUCUUGUUAUUUUUAUAUUUUGUAUUAGUCUUAUUUUUAAUUUUUCAUACUGCUGCCUGGAAAUUUAAACUACAAAAAUGCUGAAAUGGAAAGAUAAUACGAAUUUUUGCAUUUGAUCUUAUGCUUCCAUUAUGCUAUAUGCAUAUUUUGUAAGUCAAGAAGUUAGUAUAUAUGAAAUAUUUUUGUGUUAAAAUUUAUUUUCUAUUUCCAUAGAAAAAUACUUUCGAAUUUUUUCGAGAUUUUACAUUAUUCAUUGUAAAAAGUGUGUUAUACACUUUUUUUUUUUUUUUUUUUUUUUUUUUUAAGUUAAGUCUAAUGUCAGUGAUGAUAAAAGUUCAUAAACGUUUUAAGAUGUGCAGUAUUUUGCACUUUUGAAAUUCUUCUAUACUGUAAGGAUGUGUGAAAAUAAUAAAUUAACUUCCUUGUAA